AUGGACCUGAUGAAUUAUGAGUUCAAUACAUACUGCUUAGCAGAAAGACGGGUAUUCCUCGCUCAUUAUCAGAUAAUCACUUAUUCAGAAAUCUCGUGUGGGGCUAGUUGUAUGGAUUUCUCAUCUCAUGGGAAACCCUUUUCGCUACGCUUAGCCCUAUCCCCUGCUAGGGGUAUUUUAGUGAUAGGUUCGAUAGGAACUGGACGAUUCUAUUUGCUCAAAUAUCUAACGAUAACCACCUAUGUUCCUUUUAUUACAGUAUUUGUAAACAAGUUCCUGGAUAACUUUCCUAAGGGUUUUGAUAGUGAUGAUAGUGAGGAUGUCAUAUUUGGUGAAAGAGAGGGUACCAUUUACAGUCUUUUACCUAAUAACGAGGGUAGUUACUAUAAUUCUGAGAAUUAUGAAAGGGAUGAUAGUUACGAUCUCGACCGUAAGCUUGAUAGCCAGGUUAAGUUUCUAAGUAUGGAGGAUCCGGUGUCUAGCAAUCUGAUGGAAAUAGACUGGUUUUGUCUCACGCUUCAAUUCAAAUUAGAAAAAGCAAUGUCUCCUUGCAUAAUUUGGAUUCCAAACAUUCAUGAUCUGGAUAGGAAUGAGUCGAAUGACUUAUUGCUGGGUAUAUUAGUGAACUCUCUUUCCAGCGAUUCAGAAAAAGUCGCUCAAGAUCUUUGUCUCUACCCGGACCUAAUGAAAAAAAAUGAUGGGAUCACUUCUUAUAGACUCCUUGAGAAUGAUUAUGAUCUAGUUCAUGGUGUAACACGGUGGGAGAACUGA